AUGGCCUCCCAGAUCAGUCAGAACUAUCACCAGGAUUGUGAAGCUGCUGUCAACAAGCAGAUUAAUGUGGAGCUCACUGCCUCCUAUCUCUAUCAGUCUUUGAUGUCCUAUUUUGACCGGGAUGACGUUGCCCUCCCCCAUUUCUCGCGGUUCUUCAAAGAUCAGUCCCAGCAGAAGCGGGAACAUGCAGAGAAGCUGCUGAAAUUCCAGAAUCAGCGUGGAGGCAGAGUCCUCCUCCAGGAUGUGAAGAAGCCAGACAGGGAUGAGUGGGGUAACAGCCUGCAGGCAAUGCAGGUUGCCCUGAAUCUGGAGAAGAAUGUGAACCAGAGUUUGCUGGAUCUACACCAACUCGCCACAGCCCAGACUGACCCUCAUAUGUCCUACUUUGACCGGGAUGAUGUUGCCCUCCCUCGUUUCUCCCAGUUCUUCAAAGAUCAGUCCCAGCAGAAGCGGGAACAUGCAGAGAAGCUGCUGAAAUUCCAGAAUCAGCGUGGAGGCAGUGUCCUCCUCCAAGAUGUGAAGAAGCCAGAGAGGGAUGAGUGGGGUAACAGCCUGCAGGCAAUGCAGGUUGCCCUGGAUCUGGAGAAGAAUGUGAACCAGUGUUUGCUGGAUCUACACCAACUCGCCACAGCCCAGACUGACCCUCAUCUGUGUGACUUCCUGGAGACCCACUAUUUGGAUCAGGAGGUGGAGAUCAUCAAGCAACUUGGGGACUACAUCACCAACCUGAAGCGCCUGGGAGCCCCUGAGAAUGGGAUGGGAGAGUACCUGUUUGAUUCACUCCAACAACCAGUCACUUCAGAAUCAGCACAUUGUCUGCCAUCUACAGCAGGAGAGGAGUGGCCUGGGAGUUGCCUUCUCCCAGUGAUGGAGAACGAGCAGCGAUUUUCUGUUCAACUUGGGAAUGAUGUGACUUAG